UCGCACUGAUUCAACAGUGCAAAAUGGAGCCUCUUAACUCAAACAGGAAACCGGAGAGGAGGCGGCUCUGCUACCAAGAUGAGCGAGGCAGAGCGCCUUCCGGAAAUGACGCCGCGAGGCGGAAAUCGCUCGCGCCCGGUCGAGGGACUGCCCGCUUAGAGGAAGACCGACCAGACAAGAUCAUGGCAACUCAGAGUUCCACGUCACUGCAGGAUUUGAUUCGGGAAGAUUUUUUGACUUGCAAAAUCUGCUAUGACCUGUAUGUGGUGCCCAAAAUCUUGCCAUGCCUGCAUACCUACUGCCAAAAAUGCCUAGAGCCCUUGGUAGAAAAUGGGACCAUACAUUGUCCUGAGUGCCGUCUGCAGUCGGAAGCUCCUGGAGGUUCUGUGGGGCUGAAGACCAAUUUCUUCAUUAAUAGCCUCUUGGAACUGUUCCAGAUGAAGCGCAACAAGGACCUAGAGUGCACAGUCUGCUCUAGUGCUCAGAAAGUUGUGGCUGCCACUGCCCGUUGCCUGGAUUGCAAGGAUUUCUUGUGCCAAAUAUGUUCCCAGGGCCACUGCUGCUCCCGCCUCACUCUGCACCAUAAGGUGGUGAACCUGGAAGAGUUCCUUGCAGGGCAUUAUGACACUGAGGUAAGAUUUUUACAGGAACUGUGGUGCCAAGAUCACCCACAGGAGGCGCUCCGUUUCUUCUGUGAUACCUGCAGCAUGUCCAUCUGCAGGGAUUGUCGCAUGCUGGACCAUUUCCAGCACAAAGUGGUAUCCAUGUCCAGUGCAGUCCAGCGGAAACGCCCUUCUGUAGAGCAGUUGAUCAAGAGCUUGCAGGGAACAAUUACCUGCAUCUCUGAACAAGAGAAAGCUGUGGAGGAGGCAAUGGACAAACUAAAAGUAGAGAGCGAACGUGUCAAGGAGAAGAUCUGCAAGUAUGUGGAAGAUAUCACUACUUACAUCUUUGCCCAGAAGGACUGUGUUUUGGCAAAACUGAAUGCCUUCCUAACAGAGCAGCUGGAGCGUUUUUGUUUAGCACAGAAGGAGCUGCAGAGUCAGAAGGACAAAGCAAUGAACACUCAAGAGUUUUCUCAGCGUAUUCUAUGUGUUGGGAAGGACUCUGAGAUCCUUCACCUGGAAGGAAUGAUCAGGACUAGAGUUGAGGAGCUUCAGGCGCACAGACUCCCACAACUCCAAAGUCAGAUUCCAGAAUUAACCAUUGCCUGGGAUGAACCCCAGCAACUCUCUGAAGGAUCAAUUUUCAGCCUUGUCUUUCCUGGGGAGCAACCCACAAGAAAUGCGCAGCAGUUGGAGCUCGGCAGUGAGUCAUUGACGUCUCUGGGCGAGGAGAGUGGGGAGGUUAUGGGCACUCCUUCUGAUUCAGAUGAAGACUCCCUCACAAGUGAAUCUGACUCCCACUUUAAAAGCCCUUUUUCCUCCACUGGCUGGAGCAGAAGAGCAGGGUAUGCUUUCAGCUUUGCGCUAGAUCCAUCCCUCACCAAACAAAAGCCUAAUAUCACUGGGAUUGCUGUUGUGCCUCACAGUGGUCAAGUCGUCCUUUUGGAUCAGGCAAAUGCUGAGAUAAAGCAAUAUAGCGCCUUUGGCCACUUUGAGGGGGUGAUUCCUUUGCCUGCAUCUAAUUCUGUCUUCUGUGGCAUCUCUGUGUGUGGAAAGAUCCUGGCCUGUUCCUCAGAGACUCAUCUUUUUUUCCUGAAUCUUGAUGGAUUAUUCCUGCGUAAACUGCAGCUGAGGGGCUCUGAAUCGUCCUAUCCCCUUGCCUCAUAUGGAGACUCUUAUGUGGCUGUUAGUGAAGGAACUCUCUGUUCCAUCUCAUUGUAUAGCCCAUCUGGGGCAUGUGUUGGUAGAGUCCAGCCAGACAACUAUCAUGGGGGGAAAUUCCUGUUCAUUGCUGUAAAUAGCUGGGAGGAGUUUGUCGUCUCAGACUUCAUUAAGAAACAAAUUGUGGUCAUGGAGAAGUCUGGGGUUGUUCUGAAUGUGCUUAACCCCUCAACUUCACUGCUGGCCAAGCCAUUCAGCAUCUGUGUUGAUGAAGACAGGAACAUUUUUGUGAUUGAUCAGUUCAAAGUGAUACAGUUCUCGCCAUAUGAUAAUACUGGGAAGGUUGUGUUCAGUGGCCAGGGUCAGAUGGGAAGACCCAGAGUCCUGGCCAUUGAUGGUAAUAACCUCAUUUUAGUGAGGGAAGAUGGAAACACUCAUGUCUUUUACCUAUACGGUAGGUUGCUAUAGCUCAUUAGAGUAUGAAUCAAGUGCCUAAUUCUGAAAUUCUGAGCAUCUUUCUGGAGACUGGCACUAUUGUGUUAACUAGAUAUUGAGAUGGGCUUCAGCCUUUACUAGACCCGAGAUCAGACCCUGGGUAAGAAAUGCUGUUACACUCAGAUGAAUAUGCAUUGCUGAAGUCUUCUUGCUAUUGUUAGAGCCUGACUUGAGAAUAACAGCAGUAGAUCAAGAUCUUACAUGUACCUUUAAACCAUGCAUUGCAUUCACACAAUUACUAUGAUCUUGUCUUUGUUCAGACCUCUGGAGUCUGCUGCUUCAAUGCAGAUCUCAGUCGAAAGACCCAUGAGAACAGGUGGCCUGACUUUUAUUUGGAACCGACAUUCCUACUUUCUCUGACAUUGUGGUCAUGGCAAAUUUUGUAGAUGCAUCAGCAGGCUUGGUCCUUCAUUCAAUGAGCAAUAGACCAGCUAUUCCUUUUUUAAUCUGAUAAUUCAAAUUCAGGCAUCAAGGUUAGUGCUGAGGAGGUCUCGGUCCUACCAUUAUAUUUACAAAAACUAGGCUUAGAACAUUCCACUUUCUUCACCUGCUGCUGUGUGGACCAGGAACUAUUGUGCCUUGCCAUCAGAUUGAAUUUUUUUGAGAAGGGGCAAUGUGAACAAGCAACGUAGCUUCUAGAGUAAUUUUAACAGUAACAUGCAUUCAGUGUGUGAUUUGUGGAAAUGUGGAUGUGUUUUCACAUACAUCUUCUCACAAGCAUUUAAUGCGCUUGCAUAAUCCCUGAGUACCCAUGGAAUUGUAGAAAUUCAAUAAUUCUCCUUGCAUACAUGUUCCUUACUCAAUGCCUACUAAAUAUGCUGUCUUUGCUAGGGCUUGACAACUGUCACUGGCUCCAUAAGCAAACGUGGAGGUGCUGAGACCAGGAAUAUUGUAUUCCAAGCUUUUUAUAGGCACACAGCUCAAGGCCCAUGUCUUAAGAUCCAUGCAGAUGUCACCUAUGAAUGGCUAUAUGCACAUUUAGUUGGCACCAAGAUCCGUAGUUGGUGAGCUACUGUCUAAUCUUCCUGCUGUUCAUUUUGGUAGUAAAGUAGUCAUCCAGUUCCCGACUUUCCACAUUCAUGCCCAAGGAUGCACAAAUGACUAGUCUUGAAGACGCACUUGAAGAUGUAGAGCCUAAUAUUACCUUCUGCAGGCACACAUAUUGGAAGGUGGCCUUUCUGCUGUCUUUUAACACAAGGCCAAGAUUGUUCCUACAGAUCAUUCCCUUUUUGACCAAGCUAUGCUGUAGAUUUCCUUUGAUAGCUCUGUGCUUGGGAAAGUUGACUAGACAUGUAUUUUCUGGGGAAAGAAGACCAAAACCUAAAGAGUAAAGGGAUCAUAUGCUGCCUGCAAAUUUAGUUCCUGUUACAUCUAGUUAUCCUCUGAUUAAACAGGAAGGAAUUUUAUCAGCCUCAACAUCCUGCACCUAUGCUAGGCCCCUGAGCCUUCCUGCGCUCCAUUAGUUUUACAGAUACUAUGGCAUUGUUCAAAGAGCAGUGGCCCAGAGUGCUUCAAAGCUGUUGCAGUCACCAACUGGGCUUCUUGCCUUUGUCUUUUGGAGUUGUUGUAGCUUGACUUCCUUCCUCUUUUCUUCUGUGCCCUCCCCUUUCCUGGAGCAAGGUUGGGGAACCUGUGGUCCUGCAGAGGUUGUUUGGACUCCAACUCCCAUCAGCCCCAGUUAGCAUGGCCAAUGGUCAGGGAUGUUUGGAGAUUCCAACAGAAUCUGGAGAGUCACAGGUUCCCCAUCCGUGUUCUAAGAAAUAGGUAACUGUUGAAGGUGUGAAGAGGAGUGCAGGUACCUCUCUGCUGAAUGCCAUCAUGCCUCAUGAGUAGCCAGGGUCAAGGGUACCCCAUUGUGCAUUACUUUGUUCUUAAGGAGCUGUUAACAUUUCUUCAGUAUAUGCUUUUGAUAUUAAUAAAAUUGAAUAAAUAGCCAUUUUGUUGUACAUUCUCAA